ACCACGCUCAGUUUCGUGCGCUGAAAUUGGAAUUGCUCAGAAAAUUUGUUUUGUAUUUUGUACAAGCAUAGGAAAGCGACUCAUUAUUAAUUUGAAUUGCUUAUGAUGACGAUCAUUAAUUGAAAUGUAUGUCUAUCAGAUGUUUAGCGAAUUUUGAUGGUUGUUUUUUCCACUUUUUAAAGUUCUGCAAAAUAGUACAUUUUUAUUUUUAUUAAUGUUGCGAAAUUUUAUGACCGGAAUUUUCAAGCAUUCUGUUAUACUAAAUCUUCUUCCAUAAAUGAUGGUCCCACCAGCACAUAUUUUAAUAUCACUGUUAUAUAUUCUGAGAGACAUCGCAGACGUCAAAUGUCAAGAAUGGUUAGAUCAUCCAGAUGUCGAUCGGCAUAUCCAGUUAGGGCGGGAAUUGUUAACACAGGGUCUUUAUGAUGAUGCAUUAUCGCAUUAUCAUGCAGCUGUUGAGGCAGACCCUUAUAAUUACUUAACUUAUUAUACCCGAGCUACAGUGUACCUUGCAAUUGGAAGAAUAGCAUCAGCAAUUAAAGAUUUAACCAAAGUGAUUGAAUUAAAGCCUGAUUUUGCUUCUGCACGUCUUCAAAGAGGUAAUAUUCUCUUUAAACAAGGAAAAUUGGAUGAAGCUCAUAUUGAUUAUGAAAAUGUGCUUCGAGUGGAUCCUAUGAACAGUGAAGCACAUCAUGGAUAUAAUUUAAUAGAGCCUAUAAAAAGGGAUGUGCAACUAGCAUAUUCAUUAUUUGCUGAUCAUUCUUAUCAUGAAGCUGUAGACAUAUUAACUCGGCUACUUCAGGAAGUGCCUUGGGAUGCUAAACUGAGAGAAAUGAGAGCACAUUGUUAUGAAAAAUUAGGAGACUUAAUGAGUGCAAUUAGUGAUUUAAGAGGUAUAUUGAAAUCACAGACAGACAGUCAGCUGCGAUACUUAAAACUAAGCGAAUUAUAUUAUGAAAUAGGAGAUACUGAAGAAUCAUUAAAUUCAAUUCGAGAGUGCUUGCGGUUUGAUCCUGAUCACAAGGGAUGUUUUACACAUUAUAAAUAUGUAAAAAAGAUAGCAGCUCAUUUGAAAGCAAUGCAAGAUUUUAUAAAUGAAGGAAAUUUUGCUGAAUGUGUUGCUCGGGCAGAAAAAGCCAUACCCCUAGAAACCAAAGUACCUCGUAUAAUGUAUAUGUUGAGAGCUAAGCACUGCAAAUGUCUUAAUAAGGCAGGAAAAUCGAGUGAAGCUGUGAAAGCAUGUACAGAAGCACUGAAAAUAUAUCCUGAUGAUUUAGAUGUAUUAUGUGAGAGAGGUGAUGCUCAUAUUGCUAAUGAAAAUUUUGAUGAUGCUAUCCAUGACUUCCAAAAAGCUACAAAUCUAAAUGAUCACUCUCAGCGAGCUCAUGAUGGGCUUAGACGUGCACAAAAACUCCAAAAGCAGGCUAAGAAACGAAAUUACUAUGCUAUACUUGGUGUGAAAAGGACUGCAAGUAAACGUGAAAUUCUGAAAGCUUAUCGAAAAAUGGCUCAAAAGUGGCAUCCAGAUAACUAUCAUGGUGAUGAAAAGGCUUCCGCUGAAAAGAAAUUCAUCGAUAUUGCUGCAGCUAAAGAAGUAUUAACAGAUCCUGAAAAACGACAGAAGUUUGACAAUGGAGAAGAUCCUUUAGACCCUGAAAGCCAGCAACAGGGAUUCAAUCCUUUUGCUGGAUUCCAACACUUUGAUAGGGGUGAUGACGACGAUUGGAGUGAUGAGGAUAGUGGGGAAUAUUUUUAUGUGUUUGUUGAUGAUUUUGAGUGAGAUUUAGAGAGUGAGUCUGGACUUUUUACUGAUAAUCAAGUUCACAAUGUAACUAUCAGAAAUGCAACAAUGUAUAAAAAAAAUAUUUAUUACUAUAAAAAUAAAUUUUUGUUGAUGUUGUUUAA